AUGGAGAGUUCAAUGAGACUUGAAUACUUGAUGACUGUCUUUGCUGUAUCAGGAGGCAUGGUCCUUUUGUUUCAUCAAGUCAAUAAGCAUUUGUGCAACAAAUUCUUGAAGAAAUUUGAGUAUGAAAUUCGAGGGUCAGCGAAGCAUGAGGCAAAGAAGAGGGUGCGGUUUGCAAAAGACAUGGUGGAACUAAUUCCCAUGAAGAAUGUUCAGAGUGAUAGCAUCAACUUGGCAAGGGAACAAGAAGUGAUUGAGAAGGUUAUGGUUUUGGAUGAUGCUGAGAAUUGGAAGCAUGAUGAGAAAUCCAAGGAUGUCAUGCCUCCUAAUAGGGCAGUGAAGAAGCUCCUACCAGGGGACCAAUCUCUUCUUAGCACAGGUUUCAGGAACAUUGGAUACACAACACCUGAGGAUGUACUCCACGGUCAACUACCAGAAAAGGCAUCAUUGAUAUUUUCUGAAUUUUUACUCGAUUUGGUUUUCCUAUAUAACUCACUUCACUCACCUCUUUCUCCUUGCGCCAUGGCCAAACACAAGGGAAAACGUAACACCGCUCUCUCAUAA